UGAUGCUGCGGUGAUGGAUUAACCAUUUCUUAGACGUGCCUGACGACAAAACCUGGAUCACUCUACUUUGUCUGAGGAGCAAACACAAGCUGGAAAACCUUGACUGCUUCUACUGCAGCUCUCUCGUCUCCUCUGACUUACUCUCACACAUCAACUCAGCACCGGCUGGUCAGUCGCAGCUCUGCAACAGGAGAGUAAAUGUCUGCAAGAGAGGACUAAUCCUGACUCAAGGUUGAAAGCUGUCCUACUACAUCUCCGAAAACCCGCCAGCUGGGACCACGAGGGAUGGAGGGAGACGGAUGUAAUCCUGGGGUAGCUAUGGAUUCAGGUAACCCUUUGCUAAGAGCAGUCUUCCUCCGUCGCCUGCGACUCACGCGCCUGCUCCUGGAGGGAGGCGCUUACAUCAACGAGAGCGACGGCCAAGGCCAGACGCCCUUAAUGGUGGCCUGCAGGACCCAGCAUACCGACGCCCAGAGCGCCAGCCGGGUCAAGCUGGUCCAGUUUCUUCUGGAGAAAGGUGCGGACCCCAACAUCCAGGACAAGGAGGGUCGCUCUGCGCUGAUGCACGCCUGCCGGGAGCAGGCCGGCCCUGAGGUGGCGUCUCUUCUCCUGGCUAGUGGGGCGGACAUCAGCCUGGAGGAUCAGUCCGGGACAUCGGCGCUGGUCUACGCAGUCAUGGCUGGAGACUGGAAGGUCCUGAAGCUGUUGCUCGACACAUGCAAGGCCAACGGGAAGGAGGUGAUCAUCAUAACCACCGACAAGUUCCCAUGUGGGAAUCUGCAAGCCAAGCAGUACCUCAGCAUGCCUCCUCUCGGUCCUCUUGAUCAGACGGACAAAACGGCAUCAGCAGCUCCUGCAUCUCCCUCUGAAAUCCAGCUCAUCACCUCCCCCCAGUGCACCUCCUCUUCUUUGUGUCCCCCAAAGACUGUCUUCUCCUUUAAAGAAGGCCAGUCCAGUGGUGUCAGCUCCCAUCCAUGUUCCCCGUCGCGGUAUCAAAGGCUCAGCCAAGCGGCGCCGAAUGGCCUGCAGCAGCAGCCCCUCCUGAGGUUGAACUCUGAGCCCUGGCUGAAGAUCCCAUCGUCUCUGCUCAGCCAGCAGCCUCAUCUAGCCUCGUCCUCAGAAAACGGCAACCAAACCGAGGACCUCUCUCGUAGGAUUCCCAACCUGGACUGCACAAAUUCUGACAGCUUCAAAUGGUACGAAGGAAUAUUGGCGAUCGAAAAAGGAGAAGAAGGAAAGAAUGAAAGUGCCAAACAAAAGAUAUCCUUACCAGGUCUCCUAUCGUCCCACUCUGCCUCCCACCCUAACCUCCAUUCUGCAAACCUCGCGACAGAUUCCCUCGCUUCCUCUUCCUCCUUUUCUAGUGCUAAAAACCUGGGCACUCAACUUCACAACCUGGCCUCGUCAAGCCUUCACAGCAUAAUCCAGAGGCGCAAGCUUGGAGCGGACAUCUAUAGCUCUGACCCGCAGCUAGCUAGAGACAUCCACUAUCUACCAGAGGAGUCCCAGCAGAGAGCAAGAGACCUAAUAGAUGGCAAGAAGCUGGCCCCCUUACGCUGCUCCAGCACACUGGGCUCCAGGGAUUCACCGUCAACCUCAGGCCCCAGUAGGAGAGUGCUGGCUGGGUACGAGCGCAGAGGGUCCGGAGCCUUCUUGUUGGACCACAUCUCCCAGGCCAGGCCUAGAUCGCUGCCACCUCUGGCUCUCAACUCAACCAACAUCCCCAUGCUUAAUGUUUACAACCUCAGCUCCAGCGCUGGAAGUGGUUUCUGUGAGAAGGAGAAGAGUUUCCUUCCCUCCGCUCCUCCCGGACACCCCAAAGAGCUGACCAGGAGGAUGCUGCUGAGGAGACACUCCAUGCAGACCGAACAGUUCAAAAGCACAGCGUGAAAUCCAGC